AUGGCCUCCACUGCCUCGCCACCUGCCCGCCGCGGUGCGUGUUGUGACGUUGUGCAGCUGUCACGUGACCCAGAGGGUUUAGGUGCCAGGGGUGACAGCUGUACGAAAUUCGGACCAUCUCAGUUUGGCUUAUCUAUCACGCAGAACAGACCUUAUAGGACAACCGAGAUCGUUGCAAAGAAGCUAUUACGGUGUCUACACGUUCGAGAACAGCGCCCGAUGCCAUAUCCCACACCGCCGCUGUCAAACGCGUCUCUGGGCACGAGCGCUGACGGCGGGAGCGCCGCAGGGCUGGCGCAGCAGGCGCCCGCAAAAUCGUACUACCCGCUGGUGCCGGACGGCGCACAGCUCACGCCGCCACUGCUGCCCGUGUCCACGGCCGGCGAUGACGCCGGCCUCUACCGCUACCACAAGCAGAUCAGCAAGUCGUUCCAGGACGACCUGAUCUACUGCCCGCGCGCGCUGCUGAGCAAAGUCGAGCUGACGCAGUGCUACCAGCUGGACAUGCUGCUGCUGAUGGAGCAGCAGCAGCAGGCCCAGCCGAGUGUCAAGUUCAACCCAUAUACGUCGCAGAGCUUCAACCCCGCGGGCCCCGCAUCGCCCGGCUCCUAG